AUGAAGGGGAAGCAACAGACAAUCGACUCCAUUGAGUACAUGUUUAAACAACGCAAAGACGAGUUGGAGAGUCAAUACCAAAUCUUUGAAGACAAAAAGGAACAACUUCUUUUUCUUGAAGAGCAAACGUCACAAAUGCAGAAAGGGAUUCUGAGGACGUCCGUUGUCGGAGACUUCAUGAACGAACAGGCAAAUCGAAGUUUCCUGUCGAUGAGGACCAAAUGCGCGAUGUCACUGAAACACAUCCGCGAACUCAUCGCAACACUGUCGCAAAUGCUGAGAGAGAUCGACGACGACUUCAUCAAACUCACAACUUACAUGAACACGAUGAGGUAUAGGGAUUCACUCUUUAUCGGAAACCAAACGCCACACGCGACAAUCAUUAUGUUUCGAAGAAAUGGCGCGAUCGACACGGAUUACCAGACUUUAACCCCUAAACCGUUUCCGCUGUCUCUCGAUGAGUACAUCGACGUGCAAAAAGGGAUCACCUUCUAUUGCGACAAAAUCGAGCCGUCGAUAGAGAACCAUCUCGCGCCCAAAUUCUCGUUUGUAGCAUUUCAUGGGUGCAAUUACAUCGUCGGGGACAUCGCAAACCAUAAGGUGAAGUAUAUAUCGAAACACAAAGAGGGAUAUCAGACAAAAGACUUUCCCGUCGAUGUCGAAUACCCAACAGGAAUCGCUCAACUCAAAGACACGUCGAAGUUCUAUGUCACUGAUAGACAGUUGCAUUGUGUUCAUAUCAUUGAUAUGAAGAGCGGGAGUGUGCGAGCGUUUGGUGGGUAUGGGAAUGAGAACGGGAAGUUCAACGAGCCGACGUGUGUAGCUGUGGAUGACGACAACAAAGUGUAUGUCUCUGAUGGGAUGAACAAUCGAAUACAAAUCUUCUCGAGUGAAGGCGUGUUCAUCUCCGCGUUGAGUAUUCCCAAACAACGAACACCAUUUUAUCCACACUGUGUACUUUUCGCUGAUGACCAAUUGGUCAUAUUAGAUAACUGGGGAAGUUCCGUCUUUUCUAUCGAUCCCAAACUCAAAAAAAUCUCAUCGAUUAUCUCUAGAUACGGGGGAGGUGCCAGUUUUGUCAAUCGGCCAACGUAUGCGGCUUAUGACGAAGUCGGGAGGCUUUUCAUCUGUGACACGGGAAAUAGGAGAAUCAUUUGUUUCAAACAAAACGUUUAUUUGGGCGCUAUUGAAAUGGAACCUUUGGGUGUCAAGGGAAAUCCUUUGGGCAUCGCUGUGAAAGACAACUUCCUCGUCUUCACUACCACUGCGUUCGAGCCGUAUUUGUAUUUCAUCAGCACGAAAACAUUUCCAAACCCACCUACAGAUGGCGCACUCUAA